AUGAGCACGGCCGCCAGCCCCGAGCCCCUGCCCUCGCCCCCCGCCCCGGGACCCCGAUAUUUUGACCGCUUCACCGAGGGGGACCCCGAAUACCUGCGGGAGCGCAACAUGGCGGCUGACCUGAGGCAGGACUUCAACAUGAUGGAGCAGAAGAAGCGGGUCACCAUGAUCCUACAGAGCCCAUCUUUUAGGGAGGAGCUGGAGAGCCUCAUCCAGGAGCAGAUGAAGAAGGGGAACAACUCGUCCCACGUCUGGGCCCUGCGGCAGAUCGCAGACUUCAUGGCCACCACAUCCCCCGCUGUCCUCCCCACCUCGCCCAUGGGGCUGGCCUCCGUGACACCCAUCAACGACCUGCAUGGCCCCGACGCGCCGGCCCUGGCCAAGGGCGAGCGGCUGAUGCGCUGCAAAGUGGGCAGCAUCCAUCGCCUGCUCGACCUCUAUGGCUGGGCGCAGCUGGGGGACGCCUCCGUUACGCUGCGGGUGAGCAAGGAGCAGGAGCAUUUCUUGGUGGCCCCGCAGGGGCUGGCGUGCAGCGAGGUGACGGCGGCCAGCCUGAUCAAGGUGAACGUGCUGGGGGACGUGGUGGAGCAGGGCAACACCGGCUUCUCCCCUGAUGCCCGUGCCUUCAGCUUGCACGCUGCCAUCUACGCCGCCCGCCCCGACACUCGCUGCAUCGUCCGCCUGCACACGCCGGCCACCGCGGCGGUGUCGGCCAUGCGCUGCGGCGUGCUGCCCAUCUCCCGCGCCGCCCUGCUCCUGGGGGACAUCGCCUACUUCGACUUCCGUGGGGAGGUGGAGGACGAGGCCGACCGGGUCGAGCUGCAGAAGUGCCUCGGCCCCACCUGCAAGAUCCUGGUGCUGCGCAACCACGGGGUGCUGGCGCUGGGCGACACUGCCGAGGAGGCUUUCUACAGCAUCUUCCACCUGCAGGCAGCCUGCGAGGUGCAGGUGUCGGCGCUGGCGAGUGCGGGCGGCGCCGAGAACCUCAUCGUGCUGGAGCGCGCCAAGCACCGGCCCCACGAGGUGGGCUCGGUGCGCUGGGCCGGCAGCACCUUCGGGCCCAUGCAGAAGAGCCGCUUGGGCGAGCACGAAUUCGAAGCCCUCAUGAGGAUGCUGGACAACCUGGGUUACCGCACCGGCUACACCUACCGCUACCCCUUCGUGCAGGAGAAGAGCAAACCCAAAAGCGACGUGCUGAUCCCCGCCACGGUGACGGCCUUCGUCUUCGAGGAGGAGGCCGCCCCUGUCCCCGCGCUGCGGCAGCAUGCGCAGAAGCAGCAGAAGGAGAAGACGCGGUGGCUCAACACCCCCAACACCUACCUGCGAGUCAACGUGGCCGAGGAGCAGCAGGGCAGCGCCGGCAGCCAGAGGACAAAGACGACGUGGCUGAAAGCAGACGAGGUGGAGAAAGGCAGCAGCGGGACCGCGAUCCGCAUCGAGAACCCCAACCAGUUCGUGCCCCUCUACACAGACCCGCAGGAAGUGCUGGAGAUGAGGAACAAGAUCCGGGAGCAAAACCGGCAGGACGUGAAGUCGGCCGGGCCCCAGUCGCAGCUGCUGGCCAGCGUGAUCGCCGAGACGAGCCGCAGCCCCUCCACAGAGAGUCACUUGGCGGAUGCGGAGGCCAAAGAUGCGUCCCGAGAGGAGCCCCCCGCCGAGCCGGAGCCCCCGAACCCCUUCAGCCAGCUCACAGACCAGGAGCUGGAGGAGUACAAGCAAGAGGUGGAGAGGAAGAAGCUGGGGCUGCACGGCGAGAAGGACACGGUGGUGGAGGAAAGCCAGGGAUCCCCCCAAAAAUCACCCCCAGUGUCCGCACCGCAGAGCCCGGCCAAAAGCCCAGCCCCGUCGCCCACCAAGCCCUCGGAGGGUGACAAGAAGGCAGAGGACGGCCAAGCGCCUGCCGACUCCGCCACUGAGAAGGAGCCGCCACCAGCGGUGGUGAAUGGGAAGGAGGAGGAGCAGAGCACCGAGGAAAGCCAGGGCAAAGGGGGGGACCAGACGACCACCCCGGCCAACCCCGAUGUGGAUGCCCCCAAGGAGAAGAGCGAGACGGUGACCAGCAGCCCUGUCUCCCCCGAAGGCUCUCCCUCCAAAUCACCCUCCAAGAAGAAGAAGAAAUUCCGGACCCCGUCCUUCCUGAAAAAGGGCAAAAAGAAGGAAAAGAUCGAAUCUUGA